AUGCCUUCUGCUGGCUCAGAGGAGCUUGAUACCCGUUUGGACAUCCCCGUCGCUAUGACCCCCGAUCUUACGCUCUCCACUCAACGGCCAAGAGCCGCGACUGCAACGCUCCCAGCCAUGCCUCAAUCACCCACCCUUCGACAGUCUUUACAAGGUCCUAGUUCUCUGCAUGGGGGAAGUCCAACACUGGGGUCCAGUGAGCAUGAGAUCACCCGAUCGGCUCAGGGUCCACUUCGACACCCAAAGCCUCUGACACCGUCAGAUCUCCAUCUCGUGCUGGAGAAAGAGCAAGAGGCGAUGGUAAAUCGAUUGACGCGCGAACUCUCUUUCCUCCGCCAACAGACUACAUCCGUGGCAUCCACAGCGUCCUCUACCUCCACCAUGAACGAGUCCGCUGAUGGUACACACGGCUCCCCGUCUUUAGGCGGCGCCACUCACUCUCAUUCAUACCGUCGACAGCGCUCCUCAUCCAGUCUGGGCUCCCACUCAACCUCGGUUCACGGUAGCCAAGCAAGCGUCACAGGAAUUGCCCCUUCUCGAACAGUUGAACAUAACCGAUCGGCACGAAGCCGUGAACCGUCACUAUCUCACCGUCGCCCAUCGAUCGGAUCCCUCAGCUCACACGCUCAGCAUCCCCAUCCAGAGCACGUCUCCCACUAUGGAAGCCCUUCUAUCUACCCCCAUCGAAGCUCAAUCUCCCAGACUCACCUGGGUCUGUCGAGUAGCUCCCUCGCUCGAUGCGAGGAAGUUGCACUUCACAGGGCCGAACUAGAAACCGUAAGACGGGAGAAUGAGCAGCUGCGACGGCGGGUACGAGAGCUGGAACAAGUUUUAAAGAAGCAGAAAGAGGAGCCUGUCGACUCAUGA